CUUCACCAUACUUUUUUGUUGGGGCCCCUUCUGCUCUAACGCUCUCUCCUCCUCUACCCUUUUUUCCCCACCCCCUCUCUCGAGUGGAGUGUACCCCUAGCCACCAUGUCUGCUCGUAAGGCCAAGACCAAGAAGCGGGCGGCCCGCCAGACCUCGAACAUUUUCGCCAUGUUCGACAAGACCCAGAUUGACGAGCUCAAGGAUGCCUUCAACAUGGUCGCUCGUGACGACGGCUUCAUUGACGUCGAGGACCUCCGCAACAUCUACAACUCUCUCGGCCAGACCCCCUCCGACGAGACCCUUGAGGCCAUGCUUGCCGAGGCCACCGGCCCGAUCAACUUCACCAUGUUCCUGACCCUCAUGGGCGAGAAGCUGAGCGGCUCCGACCCCGAGUAUGAGAUCAUGCAGGCUUUCGAGUGCUUCGAUGAGAACCAGUCCGGCACCAUCCCGGCUGACGUCCUCCGCGAGGCUCUGACCACCAUGGGCGAGCGCUUCACCCAGGAGGAGGUCGACAUCAUGUUCAAGGGUGUCAAGCCCGAUGCCCAGGGCAACUUCAACUACCGUGAGUUCGUCCGCGUUCUCAAGCACGGCGAGUAAGAAGAAAAAGCACGCGUGUGGCUGUGCCCGCGCGCGUGUGCGCGUGCCCGCCUCCGCGCCCGUGCGCCGCGCCCCCUCCUCCUCCCUUCUGUAUGUGUGUGUGUGUCCCCUGCGCGCGCGCGUGUGUGUGUGUGUGUG